GCUUGCGUGUCCCGCGCCGCGCUGACCGAGUUCGGCGGGGAGAUCCUGUUGGCCAUGAGGGCGGACUGCGGGGCGCUGCAGGCGGAGUGGCGGCGCGCCGUGGAGGAGGAGCGCGCCGCCCGGGAGCAGCAGGUGGCCGAGCUACGGGCGGCGGUGGCUGGGGCGCGCGCGCCCGGGCGCACCGCUGGCUCCCCGCGGUAG